CCGAGCUCCGAAAUAUCAACCCCGAAGGAAGAAUCAUCCUCCACCAAGACAAUGCAAGCAAGGCACACAGCCCAAAAAACAAGGCAGUAUUUAACGGAAGAAAACCUGGAAUUAUUGGACCAUCCUCCAUAUAGUCCCGAUCUAAGUCCUAACGAUUUCUUGACUUUCCCAAAAAUUAAAAACAGACUGCGUGGUCAAAGGUUCCAUUCACCAGAAGAAGCAGUUGACGCAUUCAAAAAUGCCGUUUUAGAUCUGCCAGCAAACGAGUGGAAUAAGUGCUUCGAAAAUUGGUUCCAGCGCAUGCAGACGUGUAUUAGUCUUCGUAGAGAAUACUUCGAAAAACAAUAAAGUCAUUUAAAACUACCUACCGUGUUGUUUUAUUUCCAUAUGCAAAACUUAAAAGAUAUCCCUCGUAUUUAAUUUUGUAUGAUACAAAUCUAACUUUAUUUAAAAUAUAAUUGACAUAGAUGUCCCAACGUAAG